AUGAGUAAUGCUGGCGAUCAGUUUUUGCUGUACGACAAUGAGAAAGGUGAUAAUCGAAUUAUUAUAUUUUCUACACGCACAGAUUUAAAUCGUCUCUCACAUUCUGAUCAUUGGCACAUGGAUGGCACCUUCAAGAUUUCACCCAAACUUUUUUAUCAAUUAUAUUCUAUUCAUGGUCAUUUUCAAGGUCGUACAUUUCCAUUUUUAUAUGCAUAUCUUCCCGGUAAAGGUGAACCUGUUUAUAAAGAACUAAUCGACAUAAUAUUACAAAAUAUCGACAAACAUCCUACAUCGAUAACUAUUGAUUUUGAAUGCGCAGUCGGAAAUGUUAUUAAACGUAUGUUUCCAUCGACAAAAGUCACUGCUUGCUUUUUUCAUUUUAAACAAAAUCUAUGGAAAAAGGUUAAAGAACUGAAUUUAGUUCAGUUAUUUCUCAAUGAUCGUGAAGUGAGACAUCAACUAAAAAAUUUCGCUUGUUUAGCGUUUGUACCUGAACAAUAUGUCACGGAAGAAUUCGAAAAAUUGGCAGAAGAAUCACCUGAAACAAUGAACGGUCGAAAUAGUCGCCGUCGUUCACCUCGAUUUCUGAUAUCAUUUUGGAGUUGUUUCGAUCGUCUUGAUCAUCAACUUCCACGCACUAACAAUCCACAAGAAGCGUGGCACAAUGCUCUCAAAAAUUCGUGUCGUAAACAUCCAUCUAUAUAUGAAUCAAUCCAUGAUAUAAAAACUGAACAACAUGCGAAUCUUAUUUUUGCUGAAAAAGCUGAAUCAGGAAAAAUGGAAAUAGUCAAGCGUACUUUAUAUGAAGACAUUGAUGAGCAGCUUCAAAACUUGGUUGCUAAUUUUUAUAUUUAUCCUCGAAAAGAAUAUUUCAAAAGAGCUAGAGCUUUAUUUAAUUUUUAG